CCUUUGAGGAAGAUUGUUCCGCUUGUCCCGUGGUUGGGUCGUUCCUUCCAGACAGCGUCUCAAUUAUCCCUCAAAAUGUCCGAAGCUGUGCAGAACAGCGCCGUGACGGCCUCGGCCGCACCCAAGAAAUUACAGGGCAGGCAAUUCUAUGAGAGCAUUGGAAGUCCCAAGUAUAUUGUGGCCCCUAUGGUCGAUAGGUCGGAGUUUGCCUGGCGCAUGCUCUCUCGAUCCUUUUUGCCCUUGGAAGAGCAGAAAUCUCUACUCGCCUACUCCCCAAUGUUUCAUGCACGCCUCUUUGGUGAGAACCCUGGUAUGCGCCUCAAGCAUUUCCAACCGACCAGAGGAGCCGCGGGCAAUACGACGAAGCAAGAUGAGCAAGAUGAACUGUUUCUCGACGGCAACCCAGCUUUUGAUCGACCUCUUUUCGUUCAAUUCUGCGCGAACAACCCGGACGAGUUUUUAACGGCAGCACGCCACGCCGCCCCCUAUUGCGAUGCCGUCGAUCUGAACUUGGGCUGCCCCCAAGGUAUCGCACGGAAAGGCCACUACGGUGCUUUCCUACAGGAAGAUUGGGAUUUGAUCCACAAACUUAUCAACAAACUACACACGGAACUCGACGUGCCGGUUACAGCCAAGUUCCGUAUUCAGGAGACCAAGGAAAAAACACUAGAAUAUGCGAAAAUGAUUCUUUCCGCGGGAGCAAACAUUAUCGCGGUACACGGACGCAGGCGAGAACAAAAGGGCCAUGAGACAGGCAUAGCGGAUUGGAGCUACAUUCGCUACCUUCGAGAUAAUCUGCCACCGGACACUGUGAUCUUUGCGAAUGGAAACAUUCUCAACUAUGACGAUAUUGAGAGGUGCCUUGAAGCAACCGGCGCUGACGGUGUCAUGAGCGCCGAGGGAAAUCUAUCUGACCCGACUAUCUUCAGUAAACCACCAUCCCCCGGCAGCGGAGGACGAGAAUACUGGUGGGACCGCAAUGGAAAAGGUGGCUAUCGAAUCGAUGCGAUCCUCCGGCGUUACCUCGACAUCAUCUACCAAUAUGUUCUGGAGCAACCUGUCCCCGAGAGAAAGCCACUUUUCCUCCCUUCAGACCCGGUAGACAAGGCAGAUGAAUUCAAGAUGGAAGACCUUGAAGGAGAAGAAGAUGGCCCACCAAAAAAGAAACAGAAGCGAGACAAAAUCAAGAAGUCAAACUCCCCCAGCUUGGGUGUCAUGCAAGCUCAUCUUUUCCAAGUUCUCCGACCGAUGGUUGCUACUCACACUAAUGUCCGCGAUGCCCUUGCCCAAUCUCGACCCGGUGACAUGCCCGCAUUUGAGCGGGUCUUGACUCUUGUGGAACAAGCAAUCAAGGGAGGAUUGAAGGAGUACGAACUAACCCCUGAGAAAUUUGAAAAGGCUCAUGAUCCCACCUUGACCGGGUCAAAGGCUACGAUCGCAGAGUACGGACGCCCAUGGUGGAUUUGCCAGCCGCAUAUUCGACCCUUGCCUGAAGAAGCCCUCGAAUCAGGAGCGUUAAAACUCAAAGGCAACAAGGAGCACAAGACAGAGGGAAAAACAGAAGAUGUCGAGAAACCGAAGACGUUUGAGAUCAAAACCCCAAGCUCUGAAGAUGCUUCCACUCCUGCCGAUGGCGUCACUGAUUCCUCUGCAACCUUGACACCUGAUCACCUUGUGAGUGGCUAA